GAUGGGUUCCACAGAAGACCUUGACUAUCCUCAAAUCAUCGUGCAAUACAGCAGUGGAUUUUUAGUCUCAAAGGUUAUGUUCACUGCCUGUGAGUUGGGGGUGUUUGAUCUUCUGCUGGAGUCAGGAGAGCCUCUGUCUUCAGAUGCUAUUGCCGCACACUUGGGUACCAGCACCACGGGGAUGGAAAGACUGCUGGAUGCCUGUGUGGGAUUGAAGCUCUUGGCAGUAGAGAUGACACAAGAAGGAGCCCUCUACAAAAACACAGGCAUUUCCGACAUCUACCUUACAAAAUCAAGUCCAAAGUCUCAGUAUCACAGUAUGAUGUAUUACUCCAAUACAGUCUACUUGUGCUGGCACUACCUGGCUGAUGCUGUGAGAGAAGGAAGAAACCAAUAUGAAAGAGCUUUUGGCAUUUCAUCUAAAGACCCUUUUGGAGCAAUGUACAGAUCAGAAGAAGAAAUGCUGAAAUUCAUGGCUGGUCAGAACUCAGUAUGGAGUAUAUGUGGCAGAGAUGUUCUCGCUGCAUUUGACCUUUCCCCUUUCACGCAGAUCUAUGACCUGGGAGGAGGUGGAGGAGCUUUGGCCCGAGAGUGUGUUUCUUUGUACCCAAAUGCCACGGUCACAAUUUAUGACCUGCCGAAAGUUGUGCAAGUGGCCAAAGAGCAAUUUGUUUUCCCUGGAGAGCAUCAGAUCACUUUCCAUGAAGGAGACUUCUUUAGUGAUUCCAUUCCAGAAGCUGAACUGUACAUUUUAUCCAAGAUACUGCAUGAUUGGGAUGAUGACAAAUGCAAACAACUGCUGGUAAAAGUCUACAAAGCUUGCAAACCUGGCGGUGGAGUGCUGCUGGUUGAAUCACUUCUGAAUGAAGAUAAAAGUGGGCCUUUAGAAACCCAACUGUAUUCAAUGAAUAUGUUGGUCCAGACAGAAGGAAAAGAGCAAACAGCAGCAGAGUACAGCAAGCUCCUCAAGGCAGCUGGCUUUGGAGUGAUUCAAGUCAAGAGGACAGGAAAACUCUAUGAUGCUGUUUUAGGAAGGAAAUAA